AUGUUUUUCGCUUGCCUAUGUUUCAGUGAUGCGACACGCCAGAAUAGUGGCGGUCCCUCAAUCUGUUUGCUUCUGUUUAUUAAAUUUCGAGACUACAAGAUCUCGUUAGCUGGCCAUGCGCGGUGUUUCAAUGUAUGUCCUAAGGGCCAGGUUGUUCGGCUGGGCCCAAGCGACGAGAAAGCAUGCGAUAGUCGACUAAUGGAUACGCCGGCCAAAGUUCCGGACACGGCCUUCAGCGCGAGCAGUGUCCGACAAAAUUUGGCCGAAUUUCGACCAUUCCAUGCUAGGCAAGAUCAGUCGAGUGGCCAAGCGUGGUGUCCGAAUAACACCGUCCAGUCGUCGAUGAAUGAAUGGAUUCAAGUGGAUUUUCCCCAACUCACCAUCAUCUGCACAAUAUUUACCACUGGCCGAGGUGAUGGAAAUGUUGAGGAAUAUAUGCCAUAUUUCAUUCUACAUUAUCAACGCGAAGAUGGUGGACCGUGGCACGAGCAUACUACACGGGAUUCUGAGAGGAUUAGUGAGGAUGUGUUGGAUGCGGAAACGGGGGUGAUUCAAGGCAACAUAGAUCCUCGCAAUACAGCCCGACACACUUUCGAUCCAGUUGUAAUCGCUCGACGAAUUCGAAUUUACCCUUACAGUGCCAAAUCUCAGCACCCCGUCUGUCUGCGGUUCGCUCUCAAAGGCUGUCCUUUUCCUGAUGGAAUAACUGAGUAUGUGGCUACCGAGGGUAGUAGGGGGCCUCUAGGCAAUGAUCGUUAUCAGCAUUUUGAUUUCCGGGAUCGAACUAAUGACGCAAAUAAGGCAUUGGGUCCUCGAGGUGCUCCUGGUGGAUUGGGGAAACUGGUUGACAAUGAGGCUCACCUUGGCAACGUCACCCACGAUUUGUCAUCACCUAAACAUCAUUUUGUUGGUUGGGAAAGGUCUCGAAGUGGUCCUGUGCGCAUUGAUUUCAAAUUCGACAAGCUCCGCAAUUUCUCGCGUCUCCUCAUCUUCACGUAUGAUUCGCCACGACUGCGAAUUGGUCUUGCUAAUUAUACCGUUAUCGAUUUCAUCCGGGAUGCGGAGCUGGCAUCUACUACUCAAGAGACCCAAAUAACUCUUCCAUUAAAUCCGUCCGACAAAGUCGACACAUGGGAUCGCACCGAUCUCUCAUGGAGAGAGGCACUUCAUCGAGCUUCCAGCAGCCGUGUUACCGUCUUUCGAAACCCCCGUUGGGAUGGUGCUGUGAUACUGAGUAUCCCACUUCAAGGUCACGUCGCCCAGGAAGUUUCCUUACAACUUUUCUAUUCCAAUGAGUGGUUGCUCAUUUCUGAGAUUCAAUUCAUAUCUGAACCCUAUGUAUCGAUAACAUCCCAGCCCUCUUCCUCAGCCCAACAACGUGAAAUAGAUGAUGUAAUCGAUAAUCCAGAAAUUCGAUUUCCUGAAAGUUUCGAACCUGUCGAGAAUGAAGUUCAUCCAUUCCCUCCUGAUAGGGCUCAACAAGGAAUCACGACUGCCACAGUUUCUACUGAUUCCACUGAUAGCGAUAGCGGUGAGUUCAAACUCUGUGUUUGCGUUCGCAAUAUGCCCCCCCCCCUCUAA